AUGGCAGGAGGGGUCAUAUCUAAUGCUUCUGGGAAAGAUUAUCCCGGAAAGCUUACUUUCAGAGUUUUCAUCACUUGUUUGGUUGCUGCAUUUGGAGGGCUAAUUUUUGGCUACGAUCUGGGCAUCUCAGGUGGAGUUACGUCAAUGGAUCCAUUCUUGAAGAAAUUUUUCCCAGACGUGUAUGAAAAGGAGCACAACAUACAGGUGUCGGUGAACCAGUACUGCAAAUUUGACAGCCAAAUAUUAACAUUGUUUACUUCUUCUCUGUACUUGGCUGCUCUUGUCUCAUCCAUUGGUGCAUCCACGGUUACUAGAGUCUUCGGAAGACGACUCACCAUGAUUUCUGGUGGUGUGCUUUUUCUUGCUGGUGCUGGAUUGAAUGCAUUCGCCCAACGAGUCUGGAUGCUUAUCGUAGGUCGCUUGCUUCUUGGUUGUGGAAUUGGAUGUUCCAAUCAGUCUGUGCCAAUUUACGUGAGUGAGAUUGCUCCCUACAAGUAUAGAGGAGCUCUAAACAUGAUGUUCCAGUUGUUGAUCACAAUAGGGUUAUUUGUGGCGAAUGUUCUGAAUUACGUUUUCUCCAAAAUGGAGAAUGGAGAAGGGUGGCGCUAUAGUUUGGGGUUUGCAGCAGUUCCUGCAAUAAUGAUAAUUUUAGGUGCAAUCUUUCUUCCCGAUACACCAAGUUCUUUGAUUGAGCGUGGUAAAAGCGAGGAAGCGAAAAAAGAGUUGAUAAAAAUUCGUGGCACAAGCGACGUUGAGGAGGAGUAUAAGGAUUUAGUGGCAGCGAGUGAAUCAUCAAAGAGUGUGAAACACCCUUGGACUUGUUUACUGACAAGGCACUAUAGGCCCCAUCUCACCAUGGCCAUUGCCAUUCCAGCCUUCCAACAACUCACUGGCAUGAAUGUCAUAACAUUCUACGCUCCUGUUUUGUUCAAAACCAUUGGUUUUGGUGCCAAUGCUUCACUAAUGUCUGCUAUGAUCACCGGAGGUUGUAAUGCUGUUGCCACCCUUGUUUCCAUUGCAUCGGUUGACAAGUUCGGGAGACGUACUCUUUUCUUAUUUGGUGGGGCUCAGAUGUUCGUGUGUCAGAUGUUGAUAACAGUGGCAAUUGCAUAUAAGUUUGGAAUAAAUGGAAACCCUGGUGUGUUGCCAACGUGGUAUGCUACAGCUGUGGUGGUAGCUAUUUGCGUGUAUGUUGCGGGAUUUGCAUGGUCUUGGGGUCCUUUGGGGUGGUUGGUUCCCAGUGAGAUUUUUCCUCUUCAAGUUCGAUCUGCUGCUCAGAGUAUCAAUGUUUCCACCAACAUGAUCUUCACCUUUGCCAUUGCUCAAAUUUUCACUGCCAUGCUAUGCCACAUGAAGUUUGGAUUGUUCAUUUUCUUUGGAUUUUUUGUAGUAGUCAUGAAUGUGUUCAUCUACAAGCUUUUGCCAGAAACUAAAGGAGUUCCAAUAGAAGAGAUGUAUUGCGUGUGGCAAAAACACCCUUACUGGAAAAGAUUUGUCAAGCCGGCUGAGAACCAACCUCACUCUGACUGUUAG